UAUUCGUGUGCAGAGGAGAUAACGUGUGUUGCUAUUAUCUUGGUGUGGCAGGCACUUGUUGAUGCCCCAAAUAUGGUCAGAGGCCAAAUGAACUUCAAGAGGCUUACAUUGACCGAUAUCACGAUCGACAUCCCUCGUGUUCCGAAGAAGAAGACAUUGAUCGAAGCUAUGGAGAAGGCUGAUGUUAAGAACAAGUGGGAGAAUAGCUCAUGGGGCAGAAAACUGAUUGUCCAGAAGAGAAGGGCAUCACUCAAUGACUUCGAUCGGUUCAAGCUUAUGCUAGCUAAGAUCAAGAGGGCCGGAGUCGUUAGGCAAGAGCUCGCACAGCUGAAAAAGGAGAUUUCAUCUUGAAUCGAUACCGAACCGAAUCAUGGGGUUCCUCUAAUUUUGCCAUGAACGUUCUGUA